GUUGAUAUAUCCAAAUUAUUUGAUUUAGCAAUUACUUUGUUCCUCUCACAGGAGAAGCGUUGGACAUCUAUGACAUCCUAAAGCUCACUGAUAACGGCGUCCUUGAAGAAAAUACAGAAACAGAGAAGGGCAAAAACUCUCAGAAAGAAUCAAUUUUACGAUCCUCAAAUUAAAGAGAUUUAUAUGAGUCAAGGGAAACUUUCUAACGAUUUUAGGCAGUUGCACGAAGAAAGCUUUAUGAGAAAAAGUCACGAGAAGAGGUUAUUAUUGAUUGGAUUACACUAUUUGUCUGGCGAGCGGAACUUCUGAGCUGAACAAUCUACACCUCUUUCAAGUUGUGUGUCUAGGAAUAUUUCACCACAAAGCACUGUUGCACACCAUGACUGAGAGAGUAUAUAAAAUUGCCCUUCUUGGGAACGAAGGAGUCGGCAAAACAGCACUGUUGGUGCGUUUCCUGUGUCAUCGAUUCAUUGGGGAAUAUGAUCCUACAAUUGAGGAUUGUUACCGGCGUACCAUAAAAGUGGAUGGUGAUGAAGUCACCAUUGAUGUACUGGACACAGCGUACAGGAACACACCAUCAAAGCUUGUGGAGAAUUUUCUCCACGCAGGGGAUGGUUUUAUCGUUGUCUACUCCAUGACAGACAGGAAGAGUUACAUCACAAUCCCACGGUACAAAGAAAUGAUUGAAGAAUCACGUGACUGUACUACUCAGGGCCCAGCUUCGUUUGUACUCAUUGGGAACAAAACUGACCUGGAGGAACAUCGCACAGUCGCGAAGAGGGAAGGACAGACGUUGGCCAAAAGAUACGGGUGGUUAUUCGGUGAGGCUUCAGCUGCAGAUUAUGAUGGCGUGGAUAGUUGUUUUUAUGAUUUAAUCCGUGAAAUGCGAGCUCGCGGGCGCAAGAUGAGUCCUCCCGAGCCUCUGCUACAUCUGAACGAUCUACGUCAGUCCAGCUGCAGUGACAUGGACAGUCAAACAGACGAAAGUGCGUCGGAAAGAAAGAAGAAACGUUUUGUCAAAAAGAAACUGAGCGACUCUAGCCGUCAUUAUAAAAGAAAGUUGUUUGGUUCGUGGCAUCACGCGCAUUCAAAGUGAAAGAAAGCUUUGUAUAGGUACUAGUAAAGGAAAUCCAAUGUCCUCCGACUCGUGAUUGACAAUCAAAAAGGUUGAAAGAGAAAAUAACAGAAAAUACCCAAAGAUGCCAAGAUAGUGUACAGUCGAGUCGGUUAUCUCUCUUCCUGAAGAACACUCUUUUCAGUUGAAUUUUAAUUUGGCUACUUUAUCUUUACUUAUCUCUAUGCUUAUUAGAAGAAUAAAUAAAGUCCUUCCGCAAAUGA